AUGAUUGGUACUUAUGACAAGAUCAAGGAGACGUUCAUUCGUGAUGGUGACACCUAUAAGGACAAAUACCCACAACCGUUCAAUGAGAAGUUCCGUGGAGGCACCUAUGGAAUAGUCGAAACCAAUGGGCAUCUCUGGAGCACUCACCGGCGAUUCACACUUACAAACUUCCGUGACUUCGGACUUGGAAAAGACCUAAUGCAACAAAAAAUUCUAAUUGAAGUUGAAGAAGCCUUCCGCAAGUUCGACGAACAUCUUGGAGAGGAGCAAGAUGUGCCAGCUGUGGUCAAUAAUGCUGUUGCUAGUGUCAUAAACCAAAUUGUUUUCGGAUAUCGGUUUGAUGGUGAGAAGCAAGAAGAGUUCGAAAAACUCAGGGAUCUUAUGGAAUAUCAAGAAAAGGCGUUCACCACUUUCAAGGUGCAUGUACAAGUUUUUGCUCCGAAAAUUGGUCAGUGGCUUCCCGGAAAAUCUCUGGAUGAUUUGCUCGGCGAAUGGAAGGCAAAUUUCCAUACAUUCUUCAACACCCAAAUCGAAAACCAUCGUCAAAAAAUUGACUUCGAUUCUGAAGAAAACUUGGAUUAUGCUGAAGCCUAUCUCAAGGAACAGAGAAAGCAGGAAGCUGCUGGAGAGUUUGAGCUUUUCUCCAACAAGCAAUUGAUGAAUACUUGCCUAGAUUUAUGGUUUGCCGGAUUGUCUACAACGAAUACUACUCUCAAUUGGAUCAUUUGUUACAUUAUGAAUACCCCAGGGGUUCAGGAAAAAAUGCAAGAGGAAUUGGAUCGAGUGGUUGGAGGUGAUAGAUUGGUGGCGAUGUCGGAUAAAAAUGAGCUUUCUUACAUGAACGCAGUUAUCAAUGAAUCCCAACGAUGUGCAAAUAUUGUCCCAAUCAAUUUGUUCCAUGCCACCACGAAGGAUACUGUAAUCAAUGGGUACCCAAUCAAAAAGGGUACUGGAGUGAUUGCUCAGAUUAGUACUGUCAUGCUGGACGAGGAAACGUUUCCGGAUCCGUACAAAUUCAAUCCAGACCGGUUCAUAGAUGAGGAUGGAAAGCUAAAGAAGGUCGAGGAACUGUGUCCAUUCUCAAUCGGAAAGCGGCAAUGUCUAGGGGAAGGUUUGGCUAGGAUGGAGUUGUUCCUUUUUAUUUCAAACAUGUUCAACCGGUAUAAGGUCUCCCCGUCUUCCGAAGGUCCACCAUCCAUAGAUAAGACUGAGAAGGUGGGGGUCUUCCCAAGAAAGUUCAACGCGAUACUCACUAAAAGGCAUUAA